AUGGCCCGGGUGGCAAAAGUUGCCAUUCAUAAAAUUUCCAAACAAAGUAAAAUAAGCGCAAAAACUCCUACCAGGAAAACCACCCUUUGUCCUAUCUUUGAAACCCUUGCCGAGAUGUCCCAGCUGAGACUUCCCACGAAUGCGGAUGCCAUCCUACACUACCUGUUUGUCAGGAAUGAGAAAAAAGGCAUCAUGGCAGGCAAAGAUCCACCAGCUUCAAUAAUAGCAACAGAAACUGCAAACACUAUAGUGGGCAUCUGGAAGAAGUCAUCAGUUCCAACAAUUACAUUUAAAAAACAAUCUGAAAACUACACAAAGAAACUCAAAGAAUUAAAACUUAGCUGGGAGGAAACUCUCUUUGAUAUUGCUAGUUGUAAAUGUAAAGACCUCAACGAUUGCUAUUGUUCCAAAGCAAAGAAAAUUCCAGCACAAGAAAGAGAAUUUGUAAUAGAUCAGCGAACUACCAGAAGCCUGGUCAUAGGAUCAAUUGAUGUAGCAUCCUCAAGAAAAACAGGUGAAAAUAUAGCUAAGCGACUUAAAGAAGUGGAGGCCGUAUGGAAUAAAAUAAGAGUUAAUGAAGAUGAAAUCCAAAAGUUGAAGAUUCCAGAGCACGUUUACUUUGAAAAUGCGUACUUCAUACAAUUACAAAAGAAAUAUGAAGAAACCAAAGACUACCUGGUAAAAUACCAAAAAUUUAAAGAGGAAAGUAAAUCAGAGACAAUAAGAAAGUUAAAUCUUGAGGACACUGAUCAAGAAACGAGAUUGAAAAAACAAAAAUGGAAAUGUGACCAAUUAAACAGACUCAUUCAAAAAAUAUACAAAGAAAUUGAUGAAAAUAAGAUCAACUCCAAAGAUCAGUGGCUCACAAACACAGCAGAAAAGACAUGGGAGUAUUUGGGAAUUACAUGA